GGGUGGCAAAAAUGUCUGAGCCGGAGCGGAACUUAAGCGCGCUUGGAGCGAUAAGCGAAGCGAAUUUUCUUGUCAAUCAAAGUCGCGUCAUGCGGAAAAGGAGAAAAAAUAGAGCCCGAUUCGCACGACUUUUACAAAUUCUUCUCGAAUCCAGGGGUUGAUAAAAAUUUCGUUCAAACGUUUUCUGGGACCAAAAAAUCGAGUGAAUUUCCACGUUUCCUGUGGCUGCAUCGUUAAUUCAUGCAAAGAUACGUAAAUUCGUUUCGACGAGAAACGAACAAGAGGACACAUUCGCACGUAGGAAUUUCAAACGAUUAAUUGAAAAGAAUAAUCCCCGCGGCGAAAGGACGUUGGAAAAAGUAAUGACGAAGGACAGAGUGCUCGUAAAAAGGUGUCACAAUAACUCAAAAAAUAAUCGUCAUCCAGCUUCCCUAAAUUCCGAGUUUUUAUGAGAGAGCUUGGUGAGCAACCGGAGGAGAGGGUGGAACGAAGGUGUGAAAGUUUAAGGGAGAAAGCUCGGAGGGCGUGGGGUCUUCGCGGGGUGUCGAGGCUCCCGAAGAUUUGCCUCUUCCUCCAAAUUUCUUUCCAUCUCGAGUUCCCGUCUCUCUUUUGCUCUCGGAGGUGUCCGGACCUCAGUACGGCGGGUGGGAGUGCGACGAGCCAAUGGCGUGUUCGAGAGAGCGAGGACCAAUGAGCGCGCAGGUCGGAGGUCUGACUGGCACGAGCCCCACCUACUGCGAGCUGUGACGUAAUCCCUUCCAUAGCCAGAGCUCUCGAGCUCCCGCGAUCUGUCCCGAGAGGCUUUUUCCAACCACCACUCUCGAGUCUGACCAGUUACCAUUCGGUCGGUCCUAUCUACUAUUUCGGAGGGAAAGCGAGCGAGUUCACAAACGCCCGCGCUUUUCCUCGGCGUCUACCACUCCUUCGGUGAGUGGCGCGGCGACGGUGCUGCUUUUCAUUGUACUUUCUUUUUCCCCCCUGCACCGAUACUCCCGCAUGUUUGUACAUCGAUAAAUGCACGUAUGCAUGUGCCUGUACAAACGCACAGCGCUCUUCGUUAUCGGGAAAAGUUCCCUUUGACCCUUUCCCUCCCCCCGGGCCCCGGGCGUUGCUCCAAGAGUCAAAAAUCCCCGCGUCUCACCUCCCAUCUUUCUCGUCCUUGCCCACCAUUCCCCCGCCUCUCCGCCCCGCGUGUUUCCACUCUCGAUCGCGGUUCAUAUCGCGCACGCAGACCAAAGCCGGGUCGCGCUCCACUCUGCUCCGUCGUCUCCGAGGUGCGAAAAACUACUCCUGCUGAGAGCGAGUGUCUAACGCCUGGGUCCUGAUCAUCGCCGCGGAUCUCAACGAGCCCGCAUCGACGAGUUGUCGCGAAAAAUAGUAAAUAAAAAUAGCAAGGAGCGCUCGGAACUUUCCUCUUUCUCGGCUCCUUCCGAGAGGCUGAAAUCACCUUUUGCACUCUUGCCGGAGGCUGGACGAUGCUCGAGGGUGUGUUUCCGUGGUGCCCGGGGUCAUCGAGUCAUUGAGAACGGACGGGGUAAUGAGGAACGAGCGAUAAAGGGAGAGCGAGUUCGCGUCGGGCCGCAGUCAUCGAUCGACCAGGGUGGCGACAGCCACGUUCGUGUGAAUUCGAGCUUGUGCCGAUUGGAAUCGAAGGAAAGAAGUUCCGAUCGUUAUUCGUGGUCCGUGUCGUGACGAGGAAUUUUGCGAGGCGCUUUUCCGGCUGGUUUCCACGAAGGGGAUCGCGCCGCGUCGACUUUUCUCUCCGGAGGAACGAGCCGGGGAGACGGUGAAGAAAGAAAAGAAAAAUUCCACCGCGACGUCGAUGACCCCGAACGGUGAAAAAACAAUUCGUCAUCGCUUUCAGCUGGCGAGUCCUCGGUGAAAAUCGCGCGCGAAUCCAAUGAUAAUAAUAAUCGAGUGAUUUCGUCGCUUCGCAGUGACCGUGUUGUGCGCCGUUGAAAAACCGGGUUACCGUCCAACUCGGCCGCAACUGACGAGACCGAUAAGUACGGCUGCUUUACCCGAUCAUCGAUUUCGACGAGGAUUCGUCGGGAGCGGAGCGCGACACUUUCGUGAAUUGCACUUGAAGUAGAAAAGAAAAUCGAGCAAAAACCGGAAGCCGCAAACGGAAGCUUCCUCUCGACUUUUGUAUCGAAAACAGAAAAAAAUCGCUCACAGUGAAUUUUUCUAGUCUUUUGUCCAAAACCAAGUCCGCGGCGAUUAAGGGGGGCGCGAAGAAAGCGAUUCGACUGUUUGUGAUCCAAGGUCCUCAAUAAAUCGUAAUCACGGUGAUCGGGUCCGAAAGAACGGUGAAAACGGCUUGUCCAGGAGUCGACAAAGCCGUCGAAGGUGGAAGAGAAGGAAGAGAAAUUUGUCGUGGCAGUCGCGUUGGUGUUGGUGUUGGUGUCGGUGGUGGUAGCAGUGGCAGUGGCAGUGGCAGUGGCAGUGGUGGUGGAGUCAUCGUCAGACACUGUCCAGACGAGGAGGCUCGAGCCGUGCAAGAGGCUGAUCGAAUAACGUAUGCGGAUUCCGGAAGGGUCGCUUCGUUAGAGGCCUCGGAAGACGAAAUCGUGGUUGAGGAGGUUAAAAUGGAGGCCGAGGACCAUCUCGCCAGAGAAUACGUACAGGAAUUUGUGCUCGAUCAUCUCGAUCCUGCCGACGUUAAGAGAGAGGUUCGCUUAGGAUCGCCGACGGUGAUGGUCAACGGAAGUGUUUUGCAGCUCCAGAGCCAGGUGGGAGCUCCGGGUCUAGCCCUGGCGCCGCUAACGCCGCCGGCUCACGAGCUCGAGCAGCCUCAUCCGCUGUACGGCCAACCUCACAUCCAGGUGCAGCACGGUGUCCUCGUGAAAGCGCCUCCUGGUGCAGCUUCCCAUUUGACGACGUUAUCGCAUCCGGGAACGCCGCCCGACACACCUCCGGUCUCGGCCUCGCCGCCGCCUUUGCACAUCCACCGGGGCGAGCGGGAUCAUCGGGAGCGCAUAUCGCUUCUGCAUCUCCAACAAUCGGGCAGCAUCGCUGGCCAGGAAGGGGAUUUGCAGCCUGGUUCCGGAGGCAUGGGAUGGCUCGCCCAAUCGCUCAGGCAAGAGCCCCUCGACCUGAGGCCUCACUGUCCUCAGGACCAAACGCCCGAACCCCAUCCGGAGUCGUGGCAUUCUACACCGUCGCAUCACCACUUUCAGGACAUCCAACAGCAACAGCAGGCCCAACAUUUGCCCAGGCACGCCAGACUCGCCGAGGUGGACGACGGAUAUUUUUCAGGUGGUUACAUAACGAUGUCGGGUCACUUGGAUUACGAGGGUGCAGGUGGAGGAAGCGCUCCCGGUGGCGGACCAAGUCCCGGAGGAAUCCCCGCGGGCGCCGCUGGUAUGAUGUCAGGGAUGGAUGACAGCAUACAAUACUGUCGUCCGUUCCGUCCAUCAUUGUCCCAACCAUGCAGACCUAUGAGCGUGUGUUCCGUGAGCUCCUGCGGUGCAGGACCGAGUCCUGUUCACCGCUCGAGCAGCGGGCAUUACUCGAGCUGUGGCGAAAAUUCUAAAGCUCAGGAGGAACUCAUGAGCGACGAGAUACUCAUGUCACUUUCGGUGCGAGAGCUCAACAAACGUCUACACGGUUGCCCGCGGGAAGAGGUGAGUGAGGUUUCGCGACUGAAGCAGAAGCGACGGACCCUGAAGAAUCGUGGCUACGCUCAGAACUGUCGGAGCAAACGUUUGCAACAGCGCCAGGAUCUCGAGACGACGAAUCGUAACCUCCAGACGGAAUUGCAACGAACCAAGUUCGAGCUGUCGCGGGUCCAACAGGAGCGGGAUCUCUACAAGCAGAGAUGCGAGAUACUGAGGGUCAGACAAGGUCACCAUCAUAACGGUCAUUCGGGUAGCCACCAAGCACCAAAUCCGCCCUCGUCCCAGCAGCAGCAGCAGCAGCAGCCGCAACAGCAGCAACCAUCCCAAUCCCAACAUCCCUCGUCGACUCACCAACAAGCUCAGCAAGCUCAUCCUCAGGCCCACCAGCAGCAUCAACCGGCCCCCGCGAGCCCCGAAGUUUAUCUGUGACAAAGACAGCGUCGCGGUGGCGCCUGCUGGACUUGAGAUAAUUACAAACAAAUCUCGAAACUCUCGCGUCCGGUUUGAACACACCCACACACGUUAAAACCGAUUUUUCAACCGCGGUUUCCAUCGUUUCUCUUGUAUAGCGUCGUUCGAUCGACGACCGGCUAAAAGUAACGAAUGUAAAUGCAGUGUCGCACAUUGUGCAAUCGCGGUGCGGUGCCAGUUUCGAAAUAUCCUCGAGAUUCAUAUCGCCAAUCGAUCGCAAUAAUUCGUUCUCAAUGAACAAUGUGGUGCGAUCGUUCCGAGUGUAGAUAUUCAAAGGGCUCGCGAGGCCGGAGAUCGUUCGUGAGCGAGAGAACGAUUUCGGUUUUUCUUCUCAUUCAUUUGUCGAUUUUAAUCUUUUGCGAAUUUUUAAACGCAGUCGGACGACCUUUUUGUUCCGAGACAAUUAUUCGGAAUCGAAGAAAUUUUGCUCAUUCGAAACAGUCAUUCGUCAAAAACUCUUCGAUCUUUUUGUAGUCGUCAAAAUUAUCGAUUUUUUUAUUUUUCAAACAUUUCGGUGGAAAACAUUCAAAAACUGGACAAUUUCUCUCGCUCCUUUCGCGAAAUAUCGUGGCGAAGAUCUCGCAAGUAUCACUAGGCUAAAUUCACAUGAAAAAAACGUAAUUUUAGCAGUAAACGAAGGGAAAAUGGAAUAAAGGAUAAACACACAAGCAUCCAUAUAGGUAUAAUAACGAAAAUAUACGAUUAAGGCUCGACGUCAGGCGACUUUUUUGUUCAGAGACGUCAAAAUUGUGAGAAGAAAAACGAAAGGGUAUUUUAUCGGUUACAGAGCGAGUGUUCAGUAAUAAUGUCGUAGCGCAAAUGAAACGUAGAAUUAAGCAUAAUAUUUCUCUUUCUCAUGUUGUGGGUUCGUAUCAAUAUUUGAGCUUGUUUGCGAAGAACGAAUAAGAAGAAAGGGACGAUUAACGGGGGCUGAGGUUAGCGAAUAGCCGGAAUUGCAACGGAGGCACAAAAAUUGUUGAUUUAUCAAUUUAACCGUAUUACAAAUGAUAGAAAAUGAAUUUUCUUGGGAAGAAAUAAUUGAUUUUAUAUUUGAUUUCGUUUAAUAGGUAUUUUCGUUGUUACGAAUGUUCGCGAAGCAGGCGAUUUGUAAUUGUAAUCAUUGACGAACCGUGCUCACGAUCAUGUGCGAUUAUUUUAAGGGGUUCCGUGCGGGAGAAGCGGCUUCGUUAUUCCUACAUAAAGUACCUACACAUAUUAAAAUAUUAUUGUUUUAGUCGUGUCCACGUUGUUUAUUAGCAAAAAAGAUUGAACCAUUUCAAGGAUUUUAACUCUCGCGGGGAGCCGUGGAAGGGGGACGCGAGACACGACCCAAAGAAGUUUUAAUUCCCGUUAUAUAUGUGUAAAUAAAAUGAUUAUACUUAUUAUAAUAAAUCGUCGUGAUCGACAGUUUCGGAUACA